AUUAACUGGAGCAAAUUUCAUUUUUUGAUAAAAAAAAUGGUUAUGUUUCAAACAAAAAUAUUACUCAAAUGUCUUGCUGUCUUUCUGACCUAUUGGGAGGGAUUUGCUGAAUCUUAGGGGAUAUAUGUUUUACCUGUUGUAAUUUGACUGCACAUAUAUAAGAACACACAAAGGGAAAUAAAUUUAUCAAUAAGAUAAAUCACAAUGCAAGUAGAUUUAAAUAGUAUACGUUUUUGGUGUUUAAAUGAAAAAUGCAAUCCAUUCCUGGGUUCUAUUUUGAGUAUAAAAAUUAAACUCUUUUUACUAAAUAUUUAUUUAUUCUCAAGUUUUAGCCAUUGAACCAACAACACUAGGAGUGGUCUUUUGGCUGUAAUUAUGAAACCUGGUGAAGACGGAAAGAUCACAAUCUUACUUGCUGAAACAAAUAUUUGUUGUUUGUGACUGAAAGCCAGUUAGAUUGUUUUGGAUUCAGAAGAUAUUUAUCAAUAUAUGUUUUGUCACUUUUAUUUUAGUCAGAUGGUUAUAACUUUGAAUAAGGUUUUUGAAGUGAGAAAAACAAAACUUAUAUAUAAAAAAGGAUAUUUGAAGAGGAGCACAUUUUGUAUGGCAUGCUAAACAAGAAUAUGUUAACUGAGAAGUCAGUUUUGAAUAGAACAAAAAGCAGUACAUGUAAUUGCCUUUGAUUUUUCACCUAGCCCAAUUUUCAGGGUGUACAAAAAGGAACCGGUUUGUUGAAAUUUAUCCCUUUUUUUUUUUUUUUUUUUAUUGUAUACUUGAAUAUGAUUUUUAAUGUAAGUUUUUCAUAUUCUGCAUAUUAAAGCUUAGUGGAAUGAAUGCUUUGCUUGUUUGAGGAAACAAUAUUUUCAAAACAUGUAUCGGAUAAUGUUAAGUGUUGUGAAGAAAUCAAGUCAACCCGAUACUAAUAAAAAUUAUCUUUCCUUUCUAGCACCCAGAAUUCGUUUGGAGAGAUUUCAGCAGAGCAAGACAGCAACUUGAGGUUUAAACACCUCCUAUAUUAACAAAACUUUUCAUGUAAUUAUUUAGUCUCAAACCUAUUAACUUUAUAAAUAAAUGAAAAAGAAAUACCACUAGCUAUUUGUGGAAUAUUUCAAAAUUUUGACACUGGUACAUUUUAUUGAAGUUUAAGUAUUAAGGAUGAAUUCCUCGACGUAAAUAUGAUUCUGCAUGCUACAAUAACUGAUUGAAUUAUAGACUUAGGAUGGCCAAUGCACUAUAGGUCUUUGUAACAAAUGUUUGUUUACCUCACAUGGAGUAGUUUCCUGGCAGAGGUUCAAUACAUUGAUAGUUCAGUUUGUAUAAUCAUGCAUUGUUUUUUUUUUCUCUUUUUUUUUCUCUCUCUCUGGGUUGUUUAGAAUUAUAUUUAAUAUGCAGACUAAUUUUAGGCACAUGAUGAUGAGAGACAGGACAUUGGUCAUUCCCAAGAAGAUGGAUGCGAGGAGAAACUCCCGAUGUAAAUGCUUACACCUAUGCGAAAGUUCGGGCCUCACAACUUCUUGAUAAUGAAAAGAAACGACUACAACAACAGAUGGUGGAGAGGGCCAAGUCGGGUGACCUACGGGUACAGAAUGGAUCCAGUGUUGACAGUGGAGCGAAGAUACAGCAGGCAGUGCCACAGGAGAAGAAGAAGCGCCGAUGGGACCAGGCCUCGGAUGAUACACCAGCCAAGAAAACCAAAAGUACUUGGGAUAAGGAAGAGGCAGUGACACCGUCAAACAGUCGCUGGGAUGAGACACCAGGCCGUGCCAAAGGUGCUGAAACACCAGGUGCUACACCAGGACAGAGUACAAGAAUGUGGGAUGCUACACCUGGACAUGCUACUCCUGGGGCUGCCACACCAGGACGGGGUGAUAGUACUCCAGGACAUCAGGCUACACCUAGCUCACGUAAAAACAGAUGGGAUGAAACUCCCCGCACUGAAAGAGAAACACCUGGACAUGGUAGUGGUUGGGCAGAAACACCAAAAACAGACAGAGGAGGGGAUCUCAUACAAGAUACCCCUACUCCAGGAGCUAGUAAACGACGUUCACGUUGGGAUGAGACACCUGGAGCCACACCUGCUGGUAACAUGACCCCUGGAAACAUGACCCCAAGCAUGACACCUGCUGGACAGACUCCUGGAGGCUCAACUCCUGUAGCCUUCACGCCGGGGGGAGGUACACCUGGAGGAUCUACACCAAGUGGUUUCACCCCAACAGGGAAAACACCUACAGGACAGAAGGCCAUGGCCAUGGCUACUCCCACGCCAGGUCAUCUUAUGUCCAUGACACCAGAACAGCUUCAGGCCUACACAUGGCAGAAGGAGAUUGAUGAGAGAAACAGGCCCCUGUCUGAUGAUGAACUGGACACCAUGUUCCCACAAGGCUACAAGGUAUUACAACCACCUGCGGGCUACAUCCCAAUCAGGACUCCAGCCCGAAAACUGAUCGCCACACCAACCCCUAUGGCAGGUACCCCACAGGGAUUCCGAAUGCAAACACCAGACAGUAAGGGUGUUCAGGUAGUGGAUAUGCAGCCAAAGGGGAACCUUCCAAUGAUGAAACCAGACGACAUGCAGUAUUUUGACAAACUACUGGUUGAAGUUGAUGAAGAAGCACUGUCACCAGAAGAACAGAAAGAAAGGAAAAUUAUGAAGCUUCUAUUGAAAAUAAAGAAUGGUACUCCUCCAAUGAGAAAGGCUGCGUUAAGACAAGUGACUGACAAGGCACGUGAGUUCGGAGCAGGGCCCCUAUUUAAUCAGAUCUUACCUCUCCUGAUGUCGCCUACAUUAGAGGACCAGGAGCGACAUUUAUUGGUAAAGGUCAUUGACAGGAUCCUGUAUAAACUUGAUGAUCUGGUGCGGCCGUAUGUCCACAAAAUCCUUGUCGUCAUUGAACCCCUGCUUAUUGAUGAGGAUUACUACGCACGUGUAGAAGGAAGAGAAAUCAUCUCCAAUUUAGCAAAGGCGGCAGGUCUUGCCACCAUGAUUUCCACUAUGAGACCAGAUAUUGACAACAUGGACGAGUAUGUACGUAACACGACUGCUCGAGCCUUUGCCGUGGUUGCCUCUGCCCUGGGUAUCCCCUCACUACUGCCCUUCCUUAAGGCUGUGUGUAAGAGCAAGAAGAGCUGGCAGGCUAGACAUACAGGCAUCAAGAUAGUACAGCAGAUUGCCAUUCUCAUGGGAUGUGCCAUUCUACCCCAUCUCAAAAACUUGGUGGAAAUUAUUGAACAUGGUCUUGUUGAUGAACAACAAAAGGUGCGGACCAUCACUGCUCUUGCUCUAGCUGCUUUAGCUGAGGCAGCCACUCCAUAUGGUAUCGAGUCAUUUGACAGUGUCCUUAAACCCCUCUGGAAGGGUAUUCGUCAACACAGAGGAAAGGGUCUGGCAGCCUUCCUCAAAGCCAUUGGCUACCUGAUCCCUCUUAUGGAUGCUGAGUAUGCUAAUUACUACACUCGUGAAGUGAUGUUGAUCCUGAUUCGAGAGUUUCAGUCCCCUGAUGAGGAAAUGAAGAAGAUUGUAUUGAAAGUGGUAAAGCAGUGCUGUGCCACAGAUGGUGUGGAGCCCCAGUACAUCAAGGAGGAAAUCCUGCCUCCAUUCUUCAAACAUUUCUGGAACCAGAGAAUGGCCUUAGAUAGGAGAAACUACAGACAGCUGGUAGAUACCACAGUGGAAAUCGCCAACAAGGUUGGUGCAGCAGAAAUCAUUGGACGUGUAGUGGAUGACCUGAAGGAUGAGGCAGAACAAUACCGUAAGAUGGUGAUGGAAACUAUAGAAAAGAUCAUGGGAAAUCUUGGAGCAGCAGACAUUGAUUCUCGACUAGAAGAACAACUUAUCGAUGGAAUUCUGUAUGCAUUUCAAGAACAGACUACAGAGGAUGUGGUCAUGUUGAAUGGUUUUGGUACGGUAGUGAAUUCCCUUGGAAAGCGUGUGAAACCCUACUUACCUCAGAUCUGUGGUACCAUCCUGUGGCGUCUCAAUAACAAGUCAGCAAAGGUGCGACAACAGGCUGCAGACCUCAUCUCGCGCAUUGCCAUCGUGAUGAAAACAUGUCAGGAGGAACGUUUGAUGGGCCAUCUUGGUGUUGUGUUAUAUGAAUAUCUGGGAGAAGAAUACCCAGAGGUGUUGGGUAGUAUCCUUGGAGCCCUUAAGGGCAUCGUCAACGUCAUAGGAAUGACCAAGAUGACCCCUCCCAUUAAGGACCUACUUCCCCGUCUCACACCUAUCCUCAAAAACAGACAUGAGAAAGUGCAGGAGAACUGUAUAGACUUAGUAGGUCGCAUUGCCGACCGUGGAGCAGAGUACGUGUCUGCUCGUGAGUGGAUGAGGAUCUGUUUUGAACUCUUGGAAUUACUGAAAGCACACAAAAAAGCCAUUCGAAGGGCAACUGUCAAUACAUUUGGGUAUAUUGCCAAAGCCAUUGGUCCCCAUGAUGUGCUGGCUACUCUGUUAAACAAUCUCAAAGUCCAGGAACGUCAGAACCGUGUGUGUACAACAGUCGCAAUUGCCAUUGUAGCUGAGACUUGUUCCCCCUUCACAGUGUUACCAGCUCUGAUGAAUGAAUAUCGUGUUCCAGAACUGAAUGUACAGAAUGGUGUACUCAAAUCAUUGUCCUUCAUGUUCGAGUACAUUGGAGAAAUGGGCAAGGAUUAUAUUUACUCCAUAGCUCCUUUGUUAGAGGACGCCAUGAUGGAUCGAGAUCUGGUGCACAGACAGACAUCAAUGGCAGCUAUACAACACAUGGCUCUUGGAGUGUUUGGCUUUGGUUGUGAGGAUGCCCUCACACAUCUACUCAAUUAUGCCUGGCCCAACAUCUUUGAGACAUCUCCUCAUGUUGUCCAAGCUUUCAUGGGUACUAUUGAGGGAAUGCGUGUGGGACUAGGUCCAUCAAAGGUUUUACAAUACACAAUGCAGGGACUGUUCCAUCCUGCAAGAAAAGUCCGUGAUGUUUACUGGAAAGUGUAUAAUACUGUGUAUAUUGGUGCUCAGGACGGUAUGAUACCAGCCUACCCACGUGUACCUAAUGAUGCCAAGAAUCAUUACAUCAGAUACGAACUGGACUACAUUCUUUGAUCACACAAAUCAUCAUCAUCACAGUUAUUUUCAUCAGAUAGGGGAUACAGAUACUCAUUGGAGAGUUCUGAUAGGCCAACACCUAUUGUACAGUUGUAAAUAAGCUCUGUAUGCGUGUGUGUGUGUGGAUGUAAUUUUCUGGCCAUGAUACAUGGUAUGUGGAUUCAAUUUUUCAGGACUUAUGUCAAAGUACACUGCAAGUAAAGUGUGAGAGGAAAGAUGAUUCUUCUGCCAGAGGAAAGAUGUCUGAAAAAUCCGAGCAGAAAAAUAUUUUGUGGCAAGUUUCUUAAAAUCACCAAAGCACCAAUUUAUCUUAAAAGUGAAGUUAAGGGGAGUAAAAAAUCUUUGAUAUUUGAGAUGUGCGAGGAUUCUUCAAACAUUUUCACUUGCAGCUUCAUAGAACAGAAUGUGAAGUUAUAUGACUGGGGUUUUAAUUAAAUAAUUUCAGAUUUUUAAAGAGAUACUAUUGGUUCAUACUACAUUAUAGAAAUGUGGACUGAAGAUUAAAAUUUUGUUUUAGAGUGGAAAAUCAACAGAAUUCGUGAAAAUACAGGAAUUUUUGGGGAAAGAAAGCGGCUUAAAUACUGUGGACCUUUGUGACAUAUCGUAUUGUUAAGUACCCUGUACACUUAAAUAGCAGUUGUGUUGUCCUGUGAUGGAACAUACAAGCGAUAAUCAUAAUACCCUUUGAUUUUAACCUGCUUAUCGUUGUAAAGUUAUGGUGAUCUUACUCACACACACAUUGUAAUUCUAAAUAUCACCAAGUACAUAGAUCAACUGUUAUCAAACUAUUUUUGCUAUCAACAAGUAUUGCUGUUGAAAGUAAUUGUCAUAUUACAGGAUCAACCACUAUAUUUUUUACACUGAGACUAGGAAAUGAAAUUAUGAAUUGGAGAGGGAAAAAACUUUGACUCUCAUCAGUAAAAUGUUUUGUUCUAGAUAUUCUUGUGACAGUUAUUGUGGUACUUCAUACUUGUGAGAUUUUAUUGCAACAGGUAUUACAACAGUACAUCAUAUACAAAAUGAAUAUUGUUAAUAAUCAUGAUUUAAUAAAAGUAUUGCACAGAAAUAAA